AUGUACAGCAUGAUGAUGGAGACCGACCUGCACUCGCCCGGCGGCGGCGGGGGCGGCGGGGGCGGCGGCGGCCCGGCCCCCACGAGCCUGGCGGGCGCGGGCGGCGGCGCGGGCGGCGGCGCGGGCGCCAAGGCCGGGCAGGACCGCGUCAAGCGGCCCAUGAACGCCUUCAUGGUGUGGUCGCGCGAGCGGCGCAAGAUGGCCCAGGAGAACCCCAAGAUGCACAACUCGGAGAUCAGCAAGCGGCUGGGCGCCGAGUGGAAGGUCAUGUCGGAGGCGGAGAAGCGGCCGUUCAUCGACGAGGCCAAGCGGCUGCGCGCGCUGCACAUGAAGGAGCACCCGGACUACAAGUACCGGCCGCGCCGCAAGACCAAGACGCUGCUCAAGAAGGACAAGUACUCGCUGGCCGGCGGGCUGCUGGCGGCGGGCGCGGGCGGCGGCGGCGCGGCCGUGGCCAUGGGCGUCGGCGUGGGCUCGGCGGCCGUGGGCCAGCGCCUGGAGAGCCCGGGCGGCGCGGCGGGCGGCGGCUACGCGCACGUCAACGGCUGGGCCAACGGCGCCUACCCGGGCUCGGUGGCCGCCGCCGCCGCCGCCGCGGCCAUGAUGCAGGAGGCGCAGCUGGCCUACGGGCAGCACCCGGGCGCGGGCGGCGCGCACCCGCACGCGCACCCGGCGCACCCGCACGCGCACCACCCGCACGCGCACCCGCACAACCCGCAGCCCAUGCACCGCUACGACAUGGGCGCGCUGCAGUACAGCCCCAUCUCCAACUCGCAGGGCUACAUGAGCGCGUCGCCCUCGGGCUACGGCGGCCUCCCCUACGGCGCCGCGGCCGCCGCCGCCGCCGCCGCCGCGGGCGGCGCGCACCAGAACUCGGCGGUGGCGGCGGCGGCGGCGGCGGCGGCCGCGUCGUCGGGCGCGCUGGGCGCGCUGGGCUCGCUGGUGAAGUCGGAGCCGCCGAGCGGCAGCCCGCCCGCCGCCGCCGCGCACUCGCGCGCGCCCUGCCCCGGGGACCUGCGGGAGAUGAUCAGCAUGUACCUGCCGGCCGGCGAGGGCGCGGACCCGGCGGCCGCCGCCGCGCAGAGCCGCCUGCACUCGCUGCCGCAGCACUACCAGGGCGCGGGCGCGGGCGUCAACGGCACGGUGCCCCUCACGCACAUCUAG